GGUCAUAUCCGGGCGGAGCGGGACAUCUUGGUUCAGGCAGACAGUCUGUGGGUGGUGAAGAUGUUCUACAGUUUUCAAGACAAGCUGAACCUUUACUUACUCAUGGAGUUCCUGCCCGGAGGAGACAUGAUGACGCUGCUGAUGAAGAAGGACACACUGACCGAGGAGGAGACGCAGUUUUACGUAGCUGAGACCGUUCUGGCCAUCGAUUUUAUUCACCAGCUGGGCUUCAUUCACCGAGACAUCAAACCAGACAACCUGCUGCUGGACUCCAAGGGUCACGUCAAGCUGUCUGAUUUCGGCCUGUGUACGGGACUCAAAAAGGCGCAUCGGACCGAGUUUUAUCGCAACCUGAACCACAGCCAAUCAAACGACCUCACGUUUCAGCACAUGAACUCCAAGAGGAAGGCCGAGACGUGGAAGAGAAACCGGAGGCAGCUGGCCUUCUCCACGGUGGGAACGCCGGACUACAUCGCGCCGGAGGUCUUCAUGCAGACCGGAUACAACAAGCUCUGCGAUUGGUGGAGUCUGGGCGUCAUCAUGUUCGAGAUGCUGAUUGGCUACCCUCCGUUCUGCUCAGAAACUCCUCAGGAGACCUAUAAGAAGGUGAUGAGUUGGAAGGAGACGCUGGUGUUUCCUCCGGAGGUGCCGAUCUCGGAGCGAGCGAAAGCUCUGAUCCUGCGCUUCUGCUGCGAGGCCGACCAUCGCAUCGGAGCCGCCGGCGUCGACGAGAUCAAGAGGAACGGCUUCUUCGAGGGCGUCGACUAUGAUCACAUCAGGUCUGACUGAGUAGAGCGCGCGUGUUUGAUCGUGAGUUCCUGAUCUGACGAAGAUUCGCUUCUCGUUCGCAGAGAGAGACCCGCCGCGAUCCCCAUCGAGAUCAAGAGCAUCGACGACACGUCCAACUUCGACGAGUUCCCCGAGUCCGACAUCCUG